GGCAUUUUAAACAGCAUCUCCCAUCACAGGAGAUGCCAUUUCCUGUUGAAGUCUGAAGAUGUUGAAGUUUAAGUACGGUGUACCCAAUCCAGCAGAGCCAAGCAUCAUGGAGCCCAUUGCCAGCCGUGCAUCUAGACUUAACCUGCUUUUUCAGGGAAAGCUACCCUCUGUGACUCAACAGCAGAUGUCCCCACUUUCCAGGGAAGGCCUCCUGGACACUCUUAUGACACUUUUUGAAGAAUGUAGUAAUCCUGUUUUAAUGAAAAUCAAAAACGUGGGCAACUUUAUUAAAAAGUAUUCAAGUUCAAUAGCCAUGUUACAAGAGCUUCAGCCCAGCAUGAAGGACUUUGAUGUCAGAAGUCUGGUGGGAUGUGGUCACUUUGCAGAAGUGCAGGUAGUAAGAGAGAAGGCAACCAGUGAUGUCUAUGCCAUGAAGGUGAUGAGCAAGGAUACUCUUCUGGCACAGGAUCAGGUAUUGUUCUUUGAGGAAGAGAGGAAUAUAUUAUCCCAGAAUUCCAGCCCUUGGAUUCCACAACUCUAUUGUGCAUUCCAGGACCAAAAGAAUCUCUAUUUGGUUAUGGACUAUGAGCCUGGAGGCAAUCUGCAGUCAUUCUUGAACAGAUAUGAGGAUCAACUUGAUGAAAACGCUAUUCAGUUUUAUCUAGCGGAGAUAGUUCUGGCCAUUCAUAGUGUCCAUCAAAUGGGCUACGUCCAUCGAGAUAUAAAGCCGGAGAAUAUACUCAUUGAUCGAACAGGGCAUAUUAAGCUGGUGGACUUUGGAUCAGCUGUCAAAAUGACAGUGGAGAAAAUGGUAAAUGCCAAACUGCCAGUGGGCACUCCGGAUUAUAUGGCUCCAGAGGUGUUAACUGUCUUAGACGGUGAUGGCAAGGGUUCCUAUGGCGCUGAAUGCGAUUGGUGGUCACUAGGCGUGGUCGCCUAUGAAAUGGCCUAUGGAAAAUUGCCAUUUAGUGAAGGGACCUCAACAAAAACUUUUAAUAACAUCAUGAAUUUUCAGAGGUUUCUGAAGUUCCCUCAGGAUGUGAAAGUCAGCAAUGAGUUUCUUGAUCUGAUGCAGAGUCUGUUGUGUGGGCAGAAAGAGAGGCUAGAUUACGAAAGUCUCUGCUGUCAUCCAUUUUUUUCUACAGUUGUGUGGAAUAAUAUCCGUAACUCUCCUCCCCCCUUCGUGCCUACCAUCAAGUCUGAGGAUGACACCUCAAAUUUCGAUGAACCAGAGAAGAAUUCACGAAUUGUACCCUCUCUGUGCCAGCUGAACCCCGCCGGUUUCUCGGGAGCAGAGUUGCCAUUUGUGGGCUUCUCCUUCAUCAAGGCUUUGGGGAUCUUCCGAUCCGAGGCUGCUUUGGGCUUUGAUUCUCCAUCCAAGAUCACCUCCAUGGAAAAGAAACUUCUCCUUAAGAGCCGAGAGCUGCAAGGCGCACAAGAUAAGUGCCACCAGAUGGAGCAGGAAAUGACGCGCUUGCACCGCAGAGUAUCGGAGGUGGAGGCUGUUCUUAGCCAAAAGGAGGUGGAACUGAAAGCCUCCGAGACACAGCGAUCCCUUCUUGAACAGGACCUGGCUACCUACAUCACAGAAUGCAGUAGCUUAAAGCGAAGUCUGGAGCAGGCUCGAAUGGAAGUAUCUCAGGAGGAUGACAAAGCCCUGCAACUCCUUCAUGAUAUCCGAGAGCAGAGUCGGAAGCUGCAGGAAAUCAAAGAGCAGGAGUACCAAGCCCAGGUUGAAGAGAUGAGGCUAAUGAUGAAUCAAUUAGAAGAAGAUCUCAUUUCGGCUCGUAGACGGAGCGAUCUUUAUGAAUCGGAGCUGAGAGAGUCCCGGCUGGCUGCAGAAGAGUUCAAGCGUAAAGCCACCGAGUGUCACAACAGGCUGCAGAAGGUAGCGAAGGUUAAAGACCAAGGGAAAACAGAAGUUGGAGAGCUGUAUUCCAAACUAGAAAGGAUCAAUGCAGAACAGCAAGUCAAAAUCCAGGAGCUGCAGGAGAAGUUGACCAAGGCUAUGAAGGCCAGCUCGGAGGCCACUGAACUCCUCCAGAACAUCCGCCAAGCGAAAGAGAGAGCUGAGAAAGAGUUGGAGAAACUGCAAAACCGGGAAGACUCAACUGAGGGCAUGAAGAAGAAACUGCUUGAGGCGGAGGAAAGGCGCCAUUCUCUGGAGAACCAAGUGAAGCGCCUGGAGACUGUGGAACGCAGAGAGAAUCGACUGAAAGAAGACAUCCAGACAAAAUCUCAACAGAUUCAGCAGAUGGCAGAUAAAAUUCUGGAACUAGAGGAGAAGCAUCGAGAGGCACAGCUUGCUGCACAGCACCUGGAGUUGCAUCUGAAACAGAAGGAACAGAUGUAUGAAGAAAGGCUCAAAGUGCUUGACAAUCAGAUGAAAAAAGAUCUGGCAGACAAAGAUGCACUUGAGAAUAUAUUGAGGAAACAUGAGGAAGAAGCCCGUGAGAAAUGCAAAGUUCUUACCGAACAGAAAGCGAUGAUCAAUGCAAUGGAUUCAAAGAUUAGAUCUCUGGAACAGAGGAUAGUAGAAUUGUCUGAAGCUAAUAAGAUUGCAGCAAACAGCAGCCUGUUUACGCAGAGAAACAUGAAAGCCCAAGAAGAAAUGAUUUCUGAGCUCCGACAGCAGAAGUUUUACCUGGAAACUCAAGCCGGAAAGUUAGAGGCACAAAAUAAUAAACUGGAAGAACAAUUGGAGAAGAUCACGCAUCAGGACCACACUGAUAAGACGCGCCUGUUGGAGCUGGAAACUCGGUUGCGAGAGGUAAGCCUUGAGCAUGAAGAGCAAAAACUGGAACUGAAGCGGCAGCUCACAGAAUUGCAGCUCACCCUCCAGGAGCGGGAGUCGCAGAUCUCCGGCUUGCAGGCGACCCGGGCAGCCCUGGAAAGCCAGCUGCGGGAGGCGAAAACUGAGCUGGAGGAGACCACAGCCGAGGCAGAAGAGGAAAUCCAAGCUCUAACGGCACAUAGAGAUGAAAUCCAGCGUAAAUUUGAAGCCCUUCGUAAUAGCUGCACAGUGAUUACUGACUUGGAGGAGCAAUUGAACCAGCUGACCGAGGACAAUGCCGAGCUGAACAACCAGAACUUCUUCCUCUCUAAACAGUUAGACGAGGCAUCUGGAGCCAGUGAAGAGGUGGUUCAACUGCGGAGUGAGGUUGACCAUCUCCGCCGUGAGAUCACCGAGCGGGAAAUGCAGCUCACCAGUCAGAAACAAACAAUGGAGGCCUUAAAGACAACCUGCACAAUGCUGGAAGAGCAAGUGAUGGAUCUGGAGGCACUCAAUGAUGAACUCCUUGAAAAGGAACGCCAGUGGGAGGCCUGGAGAAACGUUCUGGGGGAUGAGAAGAGCCAGUUUGAAUGCCGGGUUCGAGAGCUACAGAGAAUGCUGGAUACCGAGAAACAAAGCAGAGUCCGGGCAGAUCAGCGCAUCACUGAAUCCCGUCAGGUGGUGGAGCUUGCUGUUAAAGAACACAAAGCCGAGAUCUUGGCUCUCCAGCAAGCACUGAAAGAUCAAAAACUCAAAGCCGAGAGUCUUUCAGACAAGCUCAACGAUUUGGAGAAAAAGCAUGCCAUGCUCGAGAUGAAUGCACGGAGUCUGCAGCAGAAACUCGAGACGGAACGUGAGCUCAAGCAGAGGCUUCUGGAAGAGCAAGCAAAGCUGCAGCAGCAGAUGGACUUGCAGAAAAACCACAUCUUUCGCCUGACCCAAGGUCUGCAGGAAGCCUUAGACAGGGCAGAUCUUUUGAAGACGGAGAGAAGCGACCUGGAGUACCAGUUGGAAAAUAUUCAGGUUCUCUAUUCCCACGAAAAAGUGAAAAUGGAGGGCACGAUUUCACAACAGACCAAGCUUAUUGAUUUCCUUCAAGCAAAGAUGGAUCAGCCUGCCAAAAAGAAAAAGGGCCUGUUUAGUCGACGGAAAGAGGACCCUUCUUUACCCACACAGGUUCCUCUGCAAUACAAUGAGCUGAAGGUGGCACUGGAGAAGGAGAAGGCCCGCUCGGCCGAGUUGGAAGAGGCUCUGCAGAAAACCCGCAUUGAGCUCAGAUCGGCUCGAGAGGAAGCUGCCCAUAGGAAAAUUACAGACCACCCUCACCCAUCCACUCCUGCCACGGCCCGGCAGCAGAUCAUCAUGUCUGCCAUAGUCCGCUCACCAGAACACCAGCCCACGCCCAUCAGCCUGCUUGCUCCUCCCUCAAGCCGCAGAAAGGAGUCCUCCACACCAGAGGAGUUUAAUCGGCGUCUGAAAGAACGGAUGCAUCAUAAUAUUCCUCACCGGUUCAAUGUGGGAUUGAACAUGAGAGCAACAAAAUGCGCAGUGUGCUUGGAUACUGUGCACUUUGGACGUCAAGCAUCAAAAUGUCUUGAAUGCCAGAUGAUGUGUCACCCCAAGUGCUCAGCCUGCCUGCCAGCUACCUGUGGCUUGCCCACUGAAUAUGCCACCCAUUUCACGGAGGCCUUCUGCCGGGACAAACUGAACUCUCCGGGCCUGCAGCUGAAAGAGCCCAGCGCCAGUCUGCGGCUAGAAGGAUGGAUGAAGGUGCCAAGAAACAAUAAGCGUGGGCAGCAGGGCUGGGACAGGAAAUAUAUAGUCCUGGAAGGAACUAAAGUGCUGGUUUUUGACACAGAAGUAAGAGAAGCUGGACAGAGGCCUGUGGAGGAAUUUGAGCUGUGCCUUCCAGAUGGAGAUGUUACUGUCCAUGGGGCUGUGGGAGCCACCGAACUUUUAAAUACAGCUAAGACAGAUGUGCCAUAUAUAUUAAAACUGGAAUCUCAUCCUCAUACCACCUGCUGGCCUGGCCGGACCCUCUAUUUACUGGCCCCCACUUUUCCUGAUAAGCAACGCUGGGUCAAUGCACUGGAGUCCAUUGUGGCUGGAGGAAGAGUUUCCCGGGAAAAAGCUGAGGCCGAUGCUAAGCUCCUUGGAAAUUCUCUCUUGAAGCUUGAGGGGGAAGACCGCUUGGACAUCAACUGCACAUUGCCCUUCAGCGACCAGGUGGUCCUGGUGGGUGCCGAGGAAGGCCUUUAUGCCUUGAAUGUCCUAAAGAACUCUUUAACCCACGUCCCUGGCAUCGGGGCCGUUUUCCAAGUGCACCUCAUCAAGGACCUGGAGAAGCUUCUCAUGAUAGCAGGAGACGAGAGGGCCCUGUGUCUGGUGGAUGUGAAGAAAGUGAAGCAGUCCCUAGCACAAUCCCACUUGCCGGCUCAGCCGGAUGUCUCGCCCAAUGUUUUCGAAGCUGUGAAAGGAUGCCAUCUUUUUGCUGUGGGCAAGAUUGAGAACGGACUCUGCAUCUGUGCAGCCAUGCCCAGCAAAGUAGUGGUUCUGCGCUACAAUGAAAGCCUUAGCAAGUUCUGCAUCAGGAAGGAGAUUGAAACCUCCGAGCCCUGCAGCUGUAUUCAUUUCACCACUUACAGCAUCAUCAUUGGAACAAACAAGUUUUAUGAAAUUGAGAUGAAGCAGUAUACACUGGAUGAGUUCCUGGACAAGAACGACCACACCUUAGCAUCCGCUGUGUUUGCUUCCUCUAGCAACAGUUUUCCAAUCAAUAUCAUCCAGGUGAAUCCUGCGGGUCAGAGGGAGGAGUAUCUGCUCUGCUAUCAUGAGUUUGGUGUCUUUGUCGACUCCUAUGGGAGACGCAGUCGCUCAGAUGAUCUCAAAUGGAGCCGUCUGCCUUUGGCAUUUGCCUACAGGGAGCCGUAUCUGUUUGUGACACACUUCAAUUCCCUCGAAGUCAUUGAGAUUCAAGCUCGGGCCUCCCUUGGAACUCCAGCUCGAGCUCACUUGGAUAUUCCCAGCCCUCGCUAUCUGGGUCCGGCCAUUUCAUCUGGCGCGAUUUACCUGGCUUCUUCGUAUCAAGACAAACUACGCGUUAUUUGCUGCAAGGGGAAUCUGGUGAAAGAGUCCAACAAUGAACACCACCGGGCGUCUUCUACCACACGCAGCUGUCCGCGUCCAUUGUUUUUGAAUGACAGCAGCCCAAAUAAGAGGGGUCCCCCCACCUACAACGAGCACAUAACCAAGCGGGUAGCCUCCAGCCCCGGGCCCCCGGAAGGUCCAGCCCAUUCCCGGGAGCCAAGCACACCCCACCGCUAUCGAGAGGGACGGACGGAGCUGCGUAGGGACAAGUCACCCGGGCGUCCGCUAGAGCGGGAGAAAUCUCCUGGCCGGGUCCUGAGCACCCGCAGGGAGAGGUCCCCUGGGAGGCUGUUUGAGGAGAGCAGCCGGGGAAGGAUGCAGGGGGGGGGCGCAAGGACUCCCCUCUCCCAAGUCAACAAGGUCUGGGACCAAUCUUCAGUAUAAGCUACACAAGCCUUCCCCCGACCUUGAACUGCAGGAAGACCCCAGGAAAUGUACUGAGUGGGCAGCCAUGCUUCUUCCUUUGCGGCCCAGCCACCCCAGCCAGCCCAACCCCUCUGGGCCCCAAAAGGGUUCUGGCAACCGGAUCCAAUCCGCCAGGACUCUAGUUGCUUGCAAGGGAAAUGCUCGCAUCUCAGUUUCUUUUCCUACCGCUUCCUGCAGUUGGGUUUUUCUCUCCUUUCUUCCCCCAGCUCCCUCUUUUUGGGCACUUUGUACUCCCGUUGCUCUUUCAAAAGCAGUUCAUACACUUUUUAUACUUCGCGUUGAGCCUUCAACCAUCCCCGUCCAUGAAGCCAGACGGGGUGGGGAUCUCACCCAAGCUGGAAAGGUAUAGGCUAUCAGCAUUUGGGGAAACGAUGCUGGAGGUCUGGGAAAGGCCUUGCCACCAGCCGAGGCCUCGGCGGUUGUGUCUCAGUACCCAGCAUCAUUCUAGCUUCUUCUGCAGAGCUUUAGAGAAAUCUCAAUCAGUUUAGUCCAUCUGCUGCUUCUAAAACCCUUUGGAAUGUCACAUUCCAAACAAAAGGAAUUAAAAAAAACCCAGCCAACCCCAAACGAAGGAGAGAAUACUAUAGCCGUUUGGUGCAGCUCUGUGGCUAGCCGGGUUACGAGGAAGGGAAUGUCCUGUUUCAACUCCCCCCUAACAGCCCUUGAUCACCUAGUCACGUGGUCACUGCCCACUCCCCUCUUCUGCCCUCGUUGCAGUCAAGAGGUGUUAAACCCCCUGCCCCUUACCCAGGUUUUCUGCAUGGCAGCUCCCUGCAUGCUUAACUGCAACACCAUCGUCCUGGCUGCGGUCUCCUUUUCAGUUGCUUUGCUCGAUAUUGUAUCUUGUACCUCCCGUGUUAAACUGAACUAAAGCCUUUAUAGAUUUAAUGCUGCAACGAUAACCAUCCUUGUUUACUGGGGAAACAGGCACUGAAGGGAGAAAGAGCUCUGGUUCUUUGAGUCCGCGACAAACAAAUUCCACGAGGCAUGAUGACAUUCCCAUCCCUGGCCAGCAUUGGGCAGGAUCCUGUUCGCAAAAUGUGCCACUGUCCUGGGAGAGGCCCAAGCCAAGGAGAUGCCUCCUUGCUCCCAAAGUCGAUGGAAGCAGCACUCAGCUGCUCCAAAUAAGAAACCGUAGGAAGCAAAUAAGAGCCAUGCCCAAAAGAGAGACUAAGAAAAUCAGUGUGGCAUAAACCACUGCUCCUGGCAGCAAAGAGAAUGGGCAGCCUUGACAAAUCCCAAGCCUUUUGUCAUCACUUUUUGCCACAAACACAAGCCCUCUCUUGCUGAGCAGAGAGGGUCAUUUCUUUCCAACUCAGGCUUUGUCCGUUCAAUUAGCUUUAGCUGCCUUCCACUCCCUUUCUCUCUCUCUCUCUCUGGCCUGAUCCUUUUCCCAGCCAGUGCUGCCCUACUGGUGAGGCCUCUCCAUCUCCCAUUGCGCCUGGGCCCUUUGGGGGGUGGGGUGGGGUCGUGGCUAACAGGGUCUGGUCUCUUGCGUAGCGGGCUAUUUUAUACCAGAUGGUCUGUCAGGAAACAUGUGGAGAUUUCUGCCUCUGGGUCUUGGGUGUCUCGAAAGGUGUUUACGGCGUUUUCGCAUCUCAUGGAAACAAAAAAAGUUCCUCAUGACCUGAAAACUCGGCUUGUCGAGUCCUAAGAGUGUAAAUCUUGUGUCUUGUUUGUGAAACGCUUCCUGCUAUAGAAUAGCUCAAAGGACUGUACAUAUUUACAAGAAACUUUAUAUUCGUAAAAAAAGGGGGGGGGGGGAAGAAAUCCGUUUCUACUUUUUUAUUGUAAAGUGUGCAUUUGUUUUUUCCGAACCACGAGCCCUUUGUCGGAUGGGGGGUUGCAGGAAAGGUGCCUUUGGCUGCCGCUGCCCAAGGGACCUUGCCCCGACGCCCCGGGAUCCCAUGAACAAAUACUGUAAUGUGAAAUGUGCAAGCAAACGCUUGUUAGUGGAAAUGAGGUCUGAGGCUUUAUUACAAAAUAGAAGUUGCCUGCAUUUAAACAAAAACAAAAAUCAAUUUGCCUUCAUCACCUUUUUAUUACUGCAGACAAGAACAAGGAAUAAUUUACACCUGGAAAGUGUUGAACUUGUUAACCGAUAACCAAAUAAAAACACGCAAACUCUCUGUCUGGCAUGGUACAGUGACCUUUUCCUUCCCACAAGAGCAGCAACAGAUAAGGCCUGGGGAGCCUCUCCCUUCACUGUCCCCUCUCUCUGCCCCCCCUUCCCCUCCCCAAGCCUUCAGAAGUCACCACUGCCUUUAAGAAGGGACCUUUGGAGUUGUGAUGUCCUAAUCUCCACUUACCGUCAGCCAUACAGAAGGCCUGUGCGGCGCAAAGGUAGGAUAGAACUAUCUUAGUCAGAAGUAACAUUGGGAGCUGAGUUGCAGGAAGACAGGUGCAGGAGCCUCGCUCUUAGCGCAGGACAAAGCUGCCUGGCCUACUAACUCAGAGAAGUGCUCAAGUUCCCAUUGCCAUCAUCAGUGUGUUAGUUCCUCUCUCUUCAUGAAAGCCAUCUGCCCAGGUUAGCUGUUGAGGAAAGCCCUGCUCAGGUCUUAUGCCCCCCCCCCCCAUUCCACCCCAAAGGGCACGGAGUGGGGAGGUAAGGGGCACAAUGGCAAUUCCAAUCACGUGUACUGGGAAAACAGUCCACGCAAUGGGGAGCUUUCCUUUCCUUGCUCACCUCCUCAAUGCUUGAACCAGUUUUCCCUAACGUGAGCUGACCUCUUCUUCAGCCGCUGCCCCCCAACAUCCAGGCCUAAACAGGGCUGGCCAUCAUCAGUCCCAGUGGACAGAUGGUGCAGCAUCGUAGACUGACAAUAACUGUUCAAUGACCUUUCCCUCUUCUCUGGUGCUGUAACAACAUAUAUAUAUAUAUACACACACAUGCACACACACAUGCACGCAAACACCCUGCGGUGCGUUUUUAAAAAACCUACCAACAACGUAAUUCAGGCCAUACAUCACCAAACGAAGCAACACUUGGCAAGCGAAUGCAAGUUUCGACUACACUGUAAAUAUUUCUAUUUUUAAACCGAAGCCAGUUUCUACAGGGUCUGACGUCUUCUUCUACAGGGAUCGUGUGUGUGUAUGCCAAACUGUGAGCUGGCGGGAGCCGAGGUGCGGCCCCCGCUGAGUGAUGCACCUCCCCUUCCCCCUUGGCCUGCUCCAAACAGGUCGCCAGGAAGCCAGCCCCCCCCCAAGACCCCCCCCCCCAAACCCACCCCUUUGGUUGACCUAUUGCGCAUAGUGAUGCUCUGCAUUGAAAACCAAACUGCUUUGACUUCUGUUGUGCCUAAUCUUGAAUGUAUAAAUGAACUGCAAGCUUGUUUACAAAUGUUCCUUUAUUUUUCUUUUCAUGUGCACAAAAUAUACUUAUUUAAGACUCA